UUUUUCUUUUUUAAGGAGAAAAAGUAGUUAAUCAAACCCUCGUCGGAACAGACACAAAAAAGUUUCUCGGAAUAUUAUCUUCUUCAUCGGAGGAGCUUCUAACUUAGCUAGAUAGACAAACAAACCUCAAACUGACUCUCUUCACUUUCUUUCUUUUUUUUUUUUUAUUUGUCUAAAAUUAUUCUUCCUUUGAUGAAUUGAAACUUCUCUGUUUUAAGUGAAAGCUUGAGCUCCAUGUGAUUACCAGUCUUUUUUUUUUUUUUUUGCUUGGACUGUAAGUGGCUUUUGUCUCAUCUUCUUCUCCUUUGUUAGGGUUUCAUUUCUUUAUUAUUUUCUUGUUAUUAUCUUCAAAUAGACUUGGAGCUCAAGCGAAAUUUCAACAAGGUUUCAAACAAAGAAAAGAAAAGAAGAAAAAGAUUAUAAAAUCGGUGCGGGAAUUCAAAGAGCCUAUUUGGAUGGUUGGUUUGGGAGGAGAAAGAGGAAUCGGAAGGAGUAUUUGGGUUCGGUGGUUUGAAGGUGAUGUGGAAAUUGAAAGAAGCCUUUGGUUUUUAAGAUAAUGCAAAAUUUUAAUUUGAUUGAUGAAAUGAGGAAUUCGGGAAUAAUUUAGAAACCAAAAAAGGAAACUAAAGGUAGCAAAAGUUGCAACUAUGAGUUGCAGUGAGGAAGAAACAAGAAGCGUCGUCGUUUCAAAUGGGUCGGUAACGGCUGCUCAAGAGUUGACCGUCGAUCAAAAUUUGCUCAUUGACCCGAAAUUGUUAUUUAUCGGCUCCAAAAUCGGCGAAGGAGCUCAUGGCAAAGUUUACGAAGGAAGGUAUGGUGAUCGGAUUGUUGCUAUUAAAGUUCUUCACCGUGGGAGUACUGUGGAGGAAAGAACUGCACUUGAGAGUCGUUUUGCUCGUGAGGUUAACAUGAUGUCUCGAGUAAAACACGAGAAUCUUGUCAAGUUCUUUGGAGCUUGUAAGGACCCGCUGAUGGUAAUAGUAACUGAGCUAUUACCUGGAAUGUCCCUCCGCAAAUAUUUAAUUAGCAUCCGUCCGAAAGUUUUAGACUUUCAUGUGGCUUUGAAUUUUGCGCUUGACAUUGCUCGAGCCAUGGAAUGUCUGCAUGCCAAUGGGAUUAUACAUAGAGAUCUAAAGCCUGAUAACUUGUUGCUUACAGCAAACCAGAGUUCUGUUAAACUUGCAGAUUUUGGUCUUGCAAGGGAAGAAUCUGUGACAGAGAUGAUGACUGCAGAGACUGGGACUUAUCGCUGGAUGGCUCCUGAGUUGUAUAGCACAGUGACAUUGCGUCAGGGAGAGAAAAAGCAUUACAAUAACAAGGUUGAUGUCUACAGCUUUGGAAUUGUCUUAUGGGAAUUGUUGACCAAUCGCAUGCCAUUUGAAGGCAUGUCCAAUUUGCAGGCAGCUUAUGCUGCUGCUUUUAAGCAAGAGCGACCUAGCCUUCCAGAGGAUAUAUCCCCUGAUCUGGCAUUUAUCAUACAAUCAUGUUGGGUUGAGGACCCUAACAUGAGGCCCAGCUUCAGCCAGAUAAUCCGUAUGCUGAAUGCAAUUCUCUUCACACUCACACCACCUUCACCAUCCAUACCUGAAUCUGACACCAGCGAGACAGCAGAAACAAGUAAUGGAACCAUGGCUGAGUUAUCUGCUCGAACAAAGGGGAAGUUUGCUUUCCUUCGUCAACUGUUCACUGCCAAGAGGACAAGGAACUCACAAUGAGGGUAAAAUUUUGGAAAAAGUUUCUUUUUGUUCCAACUUAAUAUAGUUGGGAUGCGAUAGUAGAUACAUGUUUUAGGGUAAUUCCUUGGCAAAAUAAAAGACAUAUAGGGCACCAUUUACGUUGUCUAGUUGACUUUGUUGUAAAGAAGAUACAUGGUUUUGACAUUUUUCUGUUCAUAUCAAUGUUACCUUCUUCAGAAAAAGGCUAUUACAGUGCAAAUUAACAAUUUGGUUUUA